AUGGACCAUGUGGCCGCCUUUCGGGCUCAGAUGGCACUAUACGGAACUUCAGACGCUCUCAUGUGCAGGGCAUUUCCUACGACCCUGAGGGGGCUAGCUCGCACAUGGUACAGCGGCCUGAAGACCGGGGGAAUCGCCUCCUUCGAUCAGCUCGCCAGGGAGUUCGAGUUCAACUUCCUAGCUUUGGCCCGACCGAAGCCAUCCGUCACCCUGCUCCUUGGACUAAACCAAAAAGAGGACGAACCCCUCUCCCGUUUUGUAAAUCGAUUCACCACGGAAAUCCGGGGUUUGCCAAAUGCUCACCCCUCUUUGUUGAUGCAGGCAUUCAUGGCGGGUCUCCAUUCCUCUAGGUUCUUCUGGUCCCUCGUGGAAUGGCCCCCUGCCGCAGUUUCAGAAAUGCUUCAGCGAGCCAACCAGUAUGUUGCGGCGGAAGCCUGGAUGUCGGAGAGGCGAGACGAGCAUAAAAGUGUUGGGAAAUCAUAG